AUGAGAAAAUUCAGCACUACAAAGUUCGGAGUUUGUUGGGAGUGCAGUUGCGCGGGCAAGUAUCAGGCGAAGAAAGUGUUGGAUCCAAAUAAUCAAAGAAAUCGACGAUCUAAGGCAACAGAAUGUGAAUGGAAAGUUAAUGCGAACUUCUCAAAGAGAACAUCAAUGAUUUCUUUUACCACAGUCGUGGAUAAACAUACUCAUCCGUUGGUUCCUUCACCUGCAACCAAUAUCGCUAGAUAUCGUAAGCUUGGUAAUGACAUGGUUGAAUUUAUUGAAUUUUGUGUACAUCACGGCGUAACUAGCGCACAAAGCAUUGGACGUCUUUUAAAAGGAAAAUUUCCUGGAAGAAAGGUUUAUCAAAAGGCCCUUUAUAAUGCAAUUCAAGUAGCAAAAAAAAAAUUAGUAACGCGAGUUGAAUUUGACGCGGCGGAUCUUAUGAAACAGUUAUAUUCAAGACGAGCUGAGGAUUCACGUUGGUUUGUAGAGGCGAAAUUUGAAAAAAAUGAGCGUCGUUUGUGUGGAUUAGUAUGGCUAUCGCCUGAACAGCAAAUUUUAUGGACCCGUUAUCACGAUGUUCUUUUUUUUGAUACAACGUCUCGUACUAAUAAGUAUAAUAUGGUGGCUUGUUUCUUUGUCGUUGUCGACAAUUGUAAUCGAACGCGACUUGUUGCAACUGCAUUACUUGAAGAUGAGACAGAAAAUAGUUUCUCUUGGGCAUUACAAAUGAUUAAAAAAUGUAUGGGAAGUCUAACACCAAAGGUCGUAUUUACCGAUUCCGACCCAGCAAUGAUUAGCGCAAUAAACUUGGAAUUUUCAGAUUCUAUUCAUUGCUUAUGUAUAUUCCACCUUGAUCUUAAUUUAAAGAAAAAUCUUAGAAAUAAGCUGAGUUCGAUAGAAUUCAAGGAGUUUCGUGAGGCUUUUUUUAAGUGUAGGAACAUCUUAGUUUCAAGUGUUUUUGAAAGUCAAUGGGAAAGUUUAAAAGUGGAAUAUCCAUCAAUCAGUGGUUAUAUUAAGCGACAAUUGGAUCCGUUUAAACAUAAAUGGGCCAUCUGUUAUACAAAUAAUCAAUUCACGGCCGGGGCAAAUAGCACUCAACGGGUUGAAAGCUUUAAUCGUAAAAUCCAUGAUUGUGUUCGGUCAAGUUCAUCACUUCUGGAAUUGACAAAAGAAAUUCAAGAUUUACUUGAUAAAGAAGCCGAAUAUGUGAGAGUCGAGGAGUAUAAAGAACAAAUCCCUAUGAUCGGUCUUCCAACUAUCUCAAAAACCUAUUUUAAUUCUAUUGAGACGGUUGUUUCACGAUCUCUUUUACCAGCUAUGGUGUUUGUUGUAUGUAAACAAAUGCAGGAAUGUUUUUACUAUGACUGCUUUCGAAUGGAUAGCACGGUUGUUGAUUUAAUUGUAGAGGAACAAGUAAAUAUUAACAAUAUUGAGGGAGCAAGGGAAGAUAAUUACGAUAUCACGAAAAUAUGUCUUGCCGACAUUAUAUCAACGGUUAGACAAGAACAAGUUAUAGAAAUUUGGAGAGUAGUUAUAUCUUACAAUUUCGUUGAUGAUAUUUGGAAGCAGUCCCCAAUUACAAUAUGUGCUAAUUCAGAUGAAACCCAUGUACCAUGUGAUGUUGAAUAUCCGAUAUGCAAAUUUGAUCACAUAAAGCAAGUUCGAAAGACUGAAGUUUAUAGUCAAACAUUGAGAGAAGUCAAUAAUACACGACAAAAGUAUGGAAGAGCUCAAGGCAUUAUGAGAAAAGUACUUGAUAUAGCAAUCGCGACUGAUUCAUACGACGAAUUGAUGGGUAUUUGUCAUGGAUUUAUCUUGGAUAAACAAGGAAACCAAGAACCUGAUACAAUAACGGAUGAAAUUGAAUGCAAUAUUAAGAACCCUGUGGUUAGUACAAGAAAGGGACGUCCGCCUGGACGAGCAAAAAGCAAUGUUGAAGUUCAAGAUCAACGUGCUAAAAAGAUGCGACAUCCACAAACUUCAGAAAUUACUAAUGAAUAUGAAAUCAAAGACAAUAGGAAAACAUGUCAAAAUUGUGGAAAUAAGGGACACAAUAGGGCAACAUGCAAAAUUAAUCAGGGUUAA